AUGAUGCAAAACCAAAGCUUCAUAACUGAAUUUGUCCUCCUGGGGCUUUCACAGAAUCCUAUUGUUCAGAAAAUAGUAUUCRUUGUGUUUUUGUUGGUCUAUAUUGCAACUAUUGGAGGCAACAUAAUGAYUGCACUGACCAUCCUCUGUAGCCCUGCACUGCUGGGCUCCCCCAUGUACUUCUUCUUGGCAUCCUUAUCCUUCCUGGAUGCCUGCUUCUCCUCAGUCAUCACACCAAAGAUGGCUGUGGAUUCGCUGUAUGAGAAGAAAACCAUCUCUUAUCAAGGAUGCAUGAUGCAAGUAUUUGCUGAACAUUUUUUUGCUGGGGUGGAGUUGAUUGUUCUUGCAGUCAUGGCCUAUGACCGCUAUGUGGCCAUUUGCAAGCCCUUGCACUACUCUGCCAUCAUGAACUGGAGGCUCUGUGGCAUUUUGAUGGGGGUGGCCUGGAUAGGGGGCUUCUUGCAUUCCAUCAUACAGAUUCUCUUUACUUUCCAGCUGCCCUUUUGUGGCCCCAAUAUCAUUGAUCAUUUCAUAUGUGACUUGUACCCAUUACUGGAGCUGGCCUGCACUGACACUCACAUCUUUGGACUUUUGGUAAUUGCCAACAGUGGAUCUAUCUGCAUGAUAAUUUUCUGUUUGUUGCUGGUCUCCUAUGGCGUCAUCUUAUUCUCCYUGAGAACACACAGUGCUGAAGGGCGGAGGAAAGCUCUGUCCACCUGUGGAUCUCACAUUACAGUUGUGGUUUUAUUCUUUGUCCCAUGCAUAUUUAUAUAUGCAAGACCUCCUUCUGCUUUCCCAUUUGACAAAAUGGUAGCCAUAUUUUACACCAUCCUAACUCCCUUGCUCAAUCCUUUGAUUUAUACUUUGAGGAAUAAGGAAGUGAAAAAUGCCAUGAGGAAAGUGUGGAAGAGAGUGGUGGUGGUUUCCAAUGAAAAAUAA